AUGUCUAUUGAACCAACGGUUUCGAAGCCUGAAGUCAAGAAGGUUAAAAAGAUUAUUAAGAAGAAAAAGAUUCUUGUUGAUGAAUCCAUUCAAGGCACCAAUGAUUCUUCUAUUGUCUCCAAGAGGUCUGUAGAAAGACUGUACAGGAAAAAGGGGUCCAGUAAUGAGCAGCCUAUGGAAUUUUUUCGGUACUUUGUACCAAAGCCACAACGACGUUCUCCAAUUAUCAAUCGGGGCUAUUGGACUCGUAUAGAGGCAAUGAAAAGCGUUAUUUCCAAGGUGCUUGUGCAAUAUCAGAACUCAGAAACGAAGGUGAUUGUGGUCAACCUCGGCUGUGGUUUUGAUCCCUAUCCAUUCCAGUACUUAUCUUCUGGAGAGAAUUGUGAGAACGUAACAUUCCUGGAUGUUGAUUAUAGCGAUCUUAUUUUUAAAAAGGCUGCGACAGUUUACAGGACCAAGGAAUUGGCCCAAAUAAUUGGUCCAGCAACAUAUUCACCGAAUAUUGAUAAUGACAAGAACUCUCCCAAUGGGAAAAUAUAUUUACAGGCCGAAAAAUACAUUGCCCUUGGGUGUGAUCUUCGUGAGUUAAAUACCUUUGAAGCCGCAUUGAGGGAUUUGUUCGACCUAGAAAAUUCAGUAGUCUUGUUUACUGCUGAGGUAUCCCUUACUUAUAUGAUUCAAAAAACCGCCGAUGACCUUAUCCGCUGGGCAGCAGGAUUACCCAGAGCAGAAUUCGCCCUAUUGGAGCAGAUAAUGCCCGCUGGGGAAGAUCACCCGUUUGCCAAAACCAUGUUGAAACAUUUUAACAGCCUGAAAACACCAUUACAUAGCAUUACUUCUUAUCCUAAUAUCGGCAAACAGCGUGAUAGAUUCCUAUCAAGGGGAUGGAAGUCUGUAAAUGUCCAAAAUCUUUUUGACUUUUGGACUAAUGAUGUGUCAGAUGCUGACAAGAAGUUUGUUGAGUCCGUUGAGGAGUUUGAUGAGUGGGAAGAGUUCAUCUUAUUUGGUCAGCAUUACUUCAUCUUACAUGCUACAGGUGGAUCUCAGGUGAAGUUGGCUCCCAGUAUUGACAAUUCUGAUAGUACGAACUCCGAGCUUGGCUCUGAAGUUUCCAUCUCUAGGGUUUCAUUGCCAAAAGCCAAAAGAAAGUUUUUGGCAGGUUGCACUCAUGGAUCGUCCAUUUUUUUCCAUGGUGGAGUUACAACUGCUAGAGAAUCUAGUUCGUUGAUCAUAUCCGCUAACGCAAAUGACUCUUAUCCAUAUGAUGAGUGUCCAAUCCAGGGAAGAACAUGUCACACUUUAUCUAACUUAACCAAUGGGGAUAUACUUUUAGUAGGCGGCCGAUUACGUCCAGCAAACCCGCUGGCAGACUGUUGGCUGCUUACCAAGGAGACUGGAGAAUGGUCCCGUGUAGAGGAUCUGCCGUCUCCAAGAUCCAGACAUUGUGCUGUUAACAUUGAUGAUCAAAUAUUGAUUUUCGGGGGAUCUGGUAGAGAGGAACCAUCGCCAUUUUUGUCUUGGUCUCAAGAACUUGGCUGGCGGUAUGUUGAGGUCAAAGGUUGUCCUAUUCCAAAUCUGUUCUCACCCGCAAUGUGCAACACUUCAAAUAACGGUAUAAUAGUUGGUGGUAUGGAUGAUGAUAAAAAGGUUCGAUCCGAGGUCUACUCAUUCAUAUAUGAUCGCGUCACUAAUACUGUCACUGUUGAACUGGUUCCUGUACGCGAACAAGCAUUGGUCACUAGGUACGGAUCUAGAAGUACUAUUAUUGGUAAUUCUACUGUUCUGAUUUUUGGAGGUGUUUCUUCUCAAAAACUUCUCGAUAGACAUGACAUUUUUGUCAGUUUGAAUUAUAAGACAGGAGAGAUAAAGAGACACCCGAUCACAUCAAACCAUGAGUUGCCGAUGCUUGUAGGUUUCUGUGCUAAUGAGGUAAAUUUGGGGCAAGACAAGCACAUUCUUUCUUACGGAGGAGGAUGUGUCUGUUUCUCAUUUGGAUCAUUCUGGGAUGAUGUCUAUUCUUUUGGCUUAGGGAAUGCAGCAUCUUUGCCCGAGUUAGCGACUAUAAAGUUGUCUGGUAGUGCCAAGGACAAUGAACAAUACGAUGGGCUAGACCAUGGGGAUGUGUCGGUGAAAGAAGUGCCCAUAAUAGACGUCAUCACCAACCCUGUUAGCCAAGAGUCAUUUAGAACUAUUUGUAGGCUGCGUAGUCCAGUCCUAUUUAGAAAUUCACAUCUAGGACCGUGCAUUGAUAGUUGGAGAUCACCUGAAUAUCUUGUGGAAAAGGUUGGUCAUGACACGAAAGUAGUGGCUCAUGUGACAUCAUCUGAUGCCUUGAAUUUCCAAGCUAAAAACUUUGAUUACAAGAGUCUAGAUUUCAAGGAUUUUGUUACUAAAAUGUUCUCCACUUCUGAAAAGGUAUACCUCAGGUCAUUAUCAAUUUCCGAUCCAAAGUCCAAACCAGCUAUUUUCAAAUCUGACUUUCCAGGUCUUUCAAAUGAUUUUAAACUACCUGAUUUCCUAGAUAGUUUGGAGAAGGAUCACUUUUCAUCACCACUUAGACUCUCGUCUGCAAACACUAGUAUGUGGCUGCAUUAUGAUGUUACAGCCAACGUUCUAUGCCAAGUAGUCGGUCAGAAGAGGGUUCGGUUGUAUCCUCCUCAAGACGUUGUCCAUCUAUCAUUUCCUGCUGGUGCAUCAUCAUCCACCAUCGAGAACAUUUUUGCCAAUCCACCUCCAGCACAUUAUAAGUGUCAUCCUAUGGAGGUUGUCAUGCAUCCAGGUGACAUUAUCUUUAUUCCCUCGAUGUGGCUCCACGCUACCCAACCAUUAGUGGCAUCGGUUUCCCUUAACUUCUUUUGGAAAGACUUGGAGCCAUCAAUUUACGCUGCUGGGAAAGAUGUUUACGGCAAUCGCGAUAUAACAGCCUAUGAUGAUGGUCGUAAAGCAGUCCUCAAACUUGUAAAUAGUUUCCAUGAUGUCCCGCAGGAGAUACGCAAAUUUUAUCUCUUGCGUCUUGCUGAUGAAAUAAGAAAGCAAUGCUAA